AUGUCGAUCCUGAGCUAUCUGGAUGAUAGGUGCAGAGUUCACAAGGACACAAUUGAUCUCUGCCAGAGGGUCCUACAGCGCAAGUCCCUUGACUGGAUUUCUGUGCAGCGCAAUCUUUUGUCUCAGCCAAUACGUGAUGUGGAUCUUGUGAUUGCUGUCGGUGGUGAUGGCACCCUUCUCCGGGCUAGCCAUUUUUUGGAUAGCUCAGUUCCUAUAUUGGGUGUUAAUUCAGAUCCUACUUGUACUAAGGAGGUUGACGAGCUAACUGAUGAAUUUGAUGCAAGGAGGAGCACAGGAUAUCUUUGUGCAGCUACUGCAGGAAACUUUGAACAGAUACUUGAUGCAACGCUUGAUGGCAGUAGGCGCCCUUUGGAGCUGUCAAGGAUAUCGGUGAAACUAAAUGGAAUUCAGCUGCCGACUUAUGCUCUGAAUGAUAUAUUGGUGUCACACCCUUGUCCAGCAAGUGUGUCACGCUUCUCAUUUAGGAAAAGGAACAAUACGGGAGAGAACUCGCGUUUAAUUAAUUGUAGAUCAAGCGGUCUGAGGGUCUCAACAGCUGCUGGAUCAACUGCUGCCAUGCAAUCAGCUGGAGGAUUUAUGAUGCCAUUAUCAAGCCGUGAGCUUCAGUAUAUGAUAAGGGAGCCGAUUUCUCCAACGGAUGCCGACAAACCAAUGCUCCAUGAUUUUCUAAAGCAAGAGCAACACAUGCUUGUUGUAUGGUACAAUCAAGAGGGUGCUGUUUAUGUUGAUGGUUCACAUGUAGUGCAUUCAAUUCAGCAUGGGGACUCACUUGAGAUAUCCUCAGAUGCUCCGACCUUAAAAGUUGUUUUGCCAGAACAUUUGCUAAAGAAGGCACCUGAAUAG